AUGGAGACGGGGCCCAGAGGAACUCCCAGCAGCCUAAAGGAGUCGGAUGAAAUUUCUCCGCACGGACCACUGGUGUUUGUCGGCUCCUCGGAACAGGACGUAAACUUGGCCAAGCAGUUCUGGAUCUCGGCGUCGUUGUAUCCUCCUAAUGAAUCUCAGUUGGUGCUGUCCAGAGAUAGCAGGCAGCGUCUGCCCGUGGCGCGGCCCUCUGGGUGCAACGUGGCAGAGGGCACAGAAGUUGAGGAAGUCCUAAAGAUUCAGGAAUCGGAGGAGAAACUAAAGUAUCUCCAAAAGGCUAAGAAAAGAGAUGAGAUUCUCCAACUAUUAAGAAAACAAAGAGAAGAAAGGAUCAUGAAAGAAAUGAUCUCCCUUCGUUGUAGAAGAAAGGCCAAAGUACAUGAAGCAAAGAAGGUGAUAUCAGAGUCAGAGAAACAGGAUCAAGAAGAAGUCAAAGCCUUGGACUAA